GAGUGUUUUGCAAUGUUGGGCUUGGGACACGUGGAAUGAGUGACAGAGAAGCAGAUUGGGAUACGGAAACCAUGUGGCCCGAUGUCUUCGUCAUCCGUUCCCGCCGUCCCCGCCGCUUGCGACACGCGGCACAAAAUGAUGAUAAUGAUGAUGAUGGUGAUGACGACAUUGAUGUUGAUGUUGAUGCUGUUGACGAUGUUCAUCAUGAUGACGAUGUUGGUGAUGAUGACGGUGGUGAUGUUGAUCUGGACGACAAUGGUGCUGAUGAUGAUGACGAACAUCAUCAACAUCAUCAGCGGCAUCGUCGGCAUCAUAAAAAGCACCACCAUCGUCGCCUUCGUCAUCGUCGUCAUCAUCAACAACAUCACUAUCAUCGUUAUCAUCGUCGUCAUCAUCUUCGUCAUCAUCAUCAGCAUGAUCAUCAUCAUCAUCAUCGUCGUCGUCAGCAUCUGCGUCAUCAUCAUCAUCAUCAUCAACAUCAUCGUCGUCAUCGUCGUCAUCAACACGACGAUGACGACGAUGAUGCCGAUGAUGAUGAUGAUGAUGAUGACGAAGAUGAUGACGACGACGAUGAUGAUGAUGAUGAUGAUGAUGAUGAUGAUGAUGAUGACGACGAUGAUGACGACGAUGAUAACGAUGAUGAUUAUGCUGUUGAUGAUGGCGACGAUGACGAAGGCGACGAUGGUGGUGAUUUUUAUGACGGCGACGAUGCCGCUGAUGAUGUUGGUGAUGUUGAUGACGUUGACGAUGUUGAUGAUGAUGUUGUUGAUGAUGAUGAUGAUAAUGAUGAUGAUGAUGAUGAGGAUGAUGAUGAUGAUGAGGAUGAUGAUGAUGAUAAUGAUGAUGAUGUUGAUGAUGAUGAUGAUCAUGAUCAUGAUGAUCAUGAUGACGAUGAUGAUGGUGGUGAUGAUGAUGGCGAUGAUGAUGAUGAUGACGAUGAUGUUGGUGGUGAUGAUGAUGGUGAUGACGAUGGCGAUGAUGAUGAUGAUGAUGGCAAGCAAGAAUCAUGGGGCCUCUCGCGAGGAAAGAACAAGUGGUAAUCAAAGGGGCAUACAGAAACCAUGUGGCCCAAUGUCAGCGACAUCCGUUCCCACCGUCC